AUGCUUUGGAUGUGGAGCUACCCGGUAGCGACCAGGAGGGCUCUGUCGGAGCUCGAUCCCGGUCGGAUCGCUCGACGAGUUCUGUGGCCCGUGCACCGUGCGUGGACCGUUUUGAAGAUCAUGGAAGGCACGGGACCAAACGACCUGUACCUGCACAACACCACGGCCCUCCCGAAGAACCCGACGGUUAAGGGAUCUAGCAAGGAAGAACGAAGCGAUUGUAUGGAUGCGGCGUGUAUCGAACCUGCGACGAAACAAUGUAUUGCCGAAUGGGACAUGGGAAAGGAUCCGGAUCACGUGUCCGAGGUCGAAUGGAUUGCGUGGUUCGAGCAAGGUUACGACGUCGAUCAUCGGGUCCAGGACACUCACGAGAAGCGGAUUAAAUCUGCGUCCUAG